UUCUUGGUAUCGGGCACGAAGUCGAGAAAGGCGCUUCGCGUGUAUAUCUUUCAAUAAAAAAAAAAAAAAAAAACUGACGUGCGAAAAUCCGACUGAAACAUUGUUGCUAUGAGAAGGAUGGAUCCUUGCUUAUUUAUUCUGGUUGCUGCUACAAAGAAUGGGGCGGCAAUGGUGGGGUUUGACCGAACUACAUUAUGGAAUGAAGACUUGGAGAUGCAGUCAACUUCUUCUUUCUAGAAGCCAAUCCCAAUUUUCAAAGUUUCAAAGUUCAAACCUCUAUCUAUAGUCUAUUACUCUUCCAUCUUCUUCUUAUUUUUUCAAACCCUAUUACUAUUCUCCCAAUUCUCGAUUUCCCCUCCCCUCUCUCUCUCUCUACAAAAUCAUCGAAACUUGGGGAUUAAGAUUGAGUAGUUUAAUUAUUGCUCAUCGCAACAAAUUUUUCAUCACCUCUGAAGUAGUAUUCGACAGCCAUGGAAAAAACGGCCAAGACCGACGAGCCAGCGAUUGGGAUUCCGUACAAUGCGGCGUAUCAGGCGCCAAUGCCGCAGCGGUUUUACGUAGAAAACCCUUAUCAAGCUGGCACCAUCCCUCCAAAUGCCAUUGUUGGAGACCCCAAAGGAAUUCCCCUUCAACAGACUAUUUACCGUGACACCCCUGCGCCCUUCAAUUGCCCCUACUGCGGCGGCUCCGGCAUCACCACCGUCAAGGCUAAACCAAGUUUAGCUGCAGUUGUUGGUUGCAUGAUGCCAUUUAUGCUUGGAGUCUGUUUUCUGUGCCCUUCAAUGGAUUGUCUAUGGCACAAAUAUCAUUAUUGUCCAAGCUGCAAUGAGAAGGUUAAAUUGGUUACCUUUCUUUAUGUUCUCCACGAAUACAUGCCCAUUUUUGGAACAAAUAUUGAGAAAAUUUUAUUUUUUGUUUCUUUGCUAGAUUGCUGAUUUCGAGAAGUCUGAUAUCUGUUCUGUGAUGGAUCCUCCACAUUAUAUACAAGAGAGCUUUGCUUUGCCUGCGUGACAUGAUGAGGCCAGUCUCAACCCUGUGGCACCAUAGUCCUAUUUGUAUGCAAUUUCUAUAUAUUGUCAACGUAACUUUAAAUAAUUGGAAAUUGCCAUGUUGUAGAUACACACAUAUAUAUAUAUAAUGUUUGUGAGAAUGUAUAUGUCUGCAAACAAAUUGUUAAGCUGGUUCUUGUAUAUAAAUCAUGUUCUCUCAA